AUUAGAGAUGACAAGGCUAGUUUUUUCUUGUUAUCUAAGCUAAGAAGGCUUUCUAUUCUUUCAUUUCAUAAAACCACUGAUGCAGAUGAUGGAAUUCCAACCACAUACCACCACCACCCUCUGUAAAAUUUCACCUUCUUCAAAUCUCUGCAAUUUACAUUGUAUACGAACCUCAUGUCUGCCACUUUCAGAACCCUUCCUAUCUGUGAGUCAGUUGUCUCACUUUUCUUUCUUCUGCUGUAUUUCCUUUCUGUCCCUCUUUUGUUUGUUGUUCAAACAAAGAAAAACUGCCUUUUCCUUUCUUCUCUUCUUCUUUUUCCAGCAGCUUAGUUCUGUUGCAAUUGGCAUCUUAAACCUUUACAAAAGAAGUUGACUAAAACCCGUGUCACCAAAGUUUUGCUAUUUAUACUUCUCUCCAAGGCCUUGACCCAUGAAAGUUUUUACAGCCUACUCUACUGUAGCAGCAGUAGGUUUUAGCAAAUUGAGCCAUCAUGAUGUCAUUUUCCUGUGCAAAAGCCUUCUUACGUCGGUUCUGUAACGACGGUUUUCAAAUGGAAAGCAAUAGUCACAGCUUCUUCUCUACUGAUCUCUUGCCAUCACUUGGAGCAAGGAUAAACCAGACAACCAAGCUAAGACAGUAUAUUGUCUCUCCUUUCAGUCCUCGUUACAGGGCCUGGGAGAUGUUUCUCAUAUUUCUGGUUGUGUACUCAUCCUGGAUAAUCCCAUUUCAAUUUGCAUUUCUGACAUAUAAGCAAGACACACUAUUCAUCAUUGACAACAUUGUCAAUGGAUUCUUUGCCAUUGAUAUCUUUCUCACCUUCUUUGUUGCAUACCUGGACCGUCGAUCAUAUCUUCUGAUCGAUGAUCCAAAGAAAAUUGCAACAAGGUACAUAUCGACCUGGUUCAUUUUCGACUUCUGCUCAACAGCCCCAUUUCAACCUCUCAGCCUUCUCUUCACUGAACACAGCAGUGGCCUAGGUUUUAAAGCACUUAAUAUGCUCCGACUGUGGCGUCUCAGACGGGUCAGCUCCUUGUUUGCAAGACUCGAGAAGGACAUCCGGUUCAACUAUUUCUGGACGCGGUGCACAAAGCUUAUCUCAGUGACUCUUUUUGCAGUGCAUUGUGGUGGAUGCUUUAACUAUCUGAUAGCAGACAGAUACCCAGAUCCAAGGAAAACCUGGAUAGGUGCUGUUAUGCCAAACUUCAAAGAAGAGAGUCUUUGGAACAGAUAUGUAACUGCAAUAUAUUGGUCCAUUACAACACUAACUACAACAGGUUAUGGGGACUUGCAUGCUGAAAACCCUAGAGAGAUGUUGUUUGAUAUUGUCUACAUGUUUUUCAACUUGGGAUUAACCGCUUACCUCAUUGGAAACAUGACAAACCUUGUUGUUCACGGAACGAGCCGAACCAGAAAUUUUAGAGAUAUGAUCCAAGCUGCUUCUGAAUUUUCUGCGCGGAAUCAGCUGCCGCCACAAAUACAGGACCAAAUGCUGUCGCACAUAUGCCUCAAGUUCAAAACAGAAGACUUAAAACAGAACGAAACAUUGAAUGGACUACCGAGAGCCAUUCGGUCAGCUAUCGCUCAGAACCUCUUCUUACCUAUUGUUCAAAAGGUUGAUCUUUUCCAAGGGGUUUCCGGCGAUUUCCUUUUACAACUGGUCUCAGAAGUGGAAGCCGAGUAUUUUCCACCAAUGGAAGAUGUGAUUCUGCAGAAUGAGACUCCAACAAAUAUGUAUAUACUAGUUUCAGGCGCUGUGGAAUUUAUAGCAUCUACCAAUGGUUGUGCCAAGGUUCAUGGAAGAGCAGUCGCAGGAGAUAUUUUCGGGGAAAUUGGGGUUCUUUGUUACAGACCACAGCCAUUCGCUGUUCGAACUACUAAACUUUCCCAAAUCCUAAGUCUGAACAGGACUUCCUUGAUGAACAUAAUUCAAGCAAAUACAGAAGGUGGUAAUAUUAUCAUGAACAACCUUUCCCAGAAACUGAAUUGCCUGGAAAGCUUCAUGUUUGGAGAUCAAUAUAGGUAUCCAGGAAUGACAGGCAAAACAUGGCAUGACCAAAGAACAUUAGCAACAGCCAAUUCUCCAUUAGGGUUAGGAGAAAAUUGUCCACACAGCGAAACAAAGACUCUGGAGGCGGAAGACGGGGGCCAUUUAGUGCAGAAUCUCCCAGAGAAGCAAAAGAUAGAUGCAGAUGAUGAUAUCAUCAGAUGUAGAUCUGACAUAAACUCAACAGAUGAAGAUGGUCAAACAGCACUUCAUGAUGCUAUUCGUAAAGGGCAUCUUGAAAUGGUAAGAAUUCUGCUGGAGGGAGGAGCUAAUGUUAACAAAGCAGACGCAGGAGGGUGGACUCCUAAAGCUUUGGCAGAGCAACAUGGACAAAAAAAUAUCUAUGAUCUGCUUAUACUUCAUGAAGGAAGGAACAUAAGUGGAGCAGAUCAUAAAAUAGACUUUCUGCAGACAAACCCACAAAGAUUUGCUAGAGCCAAUCAAAGCAAUGAUAAAAUGAACUGGAACACUAGUUUUGGCAAUUGCAGCAAGAUUGCAACAGAAUCUAAAUCAGGCAGCGUUGGAAAAACCGUAGCGCACGAUAGCAGAAGAGUUACGAUGCAUUUUACUAUUGGAAAGCACAAUACAUCAGAAAAUCAAUUUGGGAAGUUGAUAAACUUGCCUGCUACACUAGAGGAGCUAUUGUCAAUAGCUGGUAAGCUUAGGUCAAAAGUUUCCAGGCUACCAUCCUGUAAAAGUCGUCAACAGAGAAAAUGCUGAAAUAGAUGAUAUAAGCGUAAUUCGAGAUGGGGAUCAUCUAUUCCUGCUUCAAAAGUAAUACCUAAAUCUAAUAAACUAUGCCAGCGAGGUUACAAUGUAAAAAAGAAGAAAUUAGUGUGAGGCAACGAUCAAAUUUGCAAUAUCAUUAAAAAAAGUUACUGAGUUA